AUGGCUACCCGAUUUGCCCAGCAGGCCCGAAAAAUCCUGUGCAUUGGCCGAAACUACGUCGAGCACAUCAAGGAGCUCAAUAACACGGCUCCCUCCAAGCCCUUCUUCUUCCUCAAGCCCUCGUCUUCCAUCCUGCUCCCCAACGAGGGUCCCAUGCUCGUGCCCUCGGGAACUGUUGUGCACUACGAGGUAGAGCUGGCUGCAAUUCUCGGCAAGGAGCUCAAGAACCUCAACCCCAAGACUUUCACUGAGCAGGACGCCAUUGACGCCAUUGAUGGCUACGCUCUGGCUGUUGACAUGACUGCUCGAAACGUGCAGGACGAGGCGAAGAAGAAGGGUCUGCCCUGGUCAAUUGGCAAGGGGUUCGAUACCUUCCUGCCCAUCUCCAACUUCAUUCCCAAGAGCCAGAUCCCCGAUCCUCACAACGUGCAUCUUCACCUUGAAAUCAACGGACAAACUAAACAGUCCGAUAACACCAACCUGAUGAUCUUCAAGCUGCCCCAGAUUCUGUCCACCAUGAGCAGCAUCAUGACUCUUCAGCCCGGUGAUAUUAUUCUCACUGGAACCCCCAAGGGAGUGGGUCCUGUUAACCCUGGAGAUCGAAUGACCGCCGGUAUCUCUGUUGAUGGAAAGGAGCUCGAGGCCAAGGUCGAUGUUCAGGUUGAGCAGAAGCCUGGUCCUUACGUUUAUUCUCAGAUCUAA